CACAUCUUUAUAAAUGGCACCCAGUUAAGUUGGGGACACCAACUUCUUUUGCCCUGCACCAGUAGCCUGUCGUUCUGUCAUUCUUGCUUUCCAAAAUGGCAUUCAAUGGCACGUGGCAGGUCUACAGCCAAGAGAAAUAUGAAGAGUUCCUGAAAGCUAUUGGUAAGCAGCUCCUUGCUUCUUCCGGAAGAGACAAGUUCGCUAGAGUAUAAUCAGGGGUCUCACGGGAGACCUGCUCUCUCUGCUUUGAGGACUAAUAGAAUUUGUAAAGUCCUCUGGACAGAGAGGCAAAGGACAGGGCUAGGAACCAUGCAAACCUCUUUUGCUAGAUCAAGGUGAGCAGCAUCUUCUGCUACAGAAUCAAUCUUUCGCUGCAAUUAGAAAGCCCUUCUUUGCUACAAUUCUCUGAUUGUUUCCCUCCAGUUUUAGAGGUCAAGGAUAGCUCAGUUGGCAAUUAAGACACUCAAUCUCAGGGUCACGGGUUCAAGCCCCAUGCUAGGCAAAAGAUUCCUGCAUUGCUGAGGGUGGGACUAGAUGACCCUGGUGGUCCCUUCCAAUUCUACAUCAUUCCUCGCCCAGUCAUACAUUCACCAUCACCCCAAUUUAGACAUCUUCCCGAAACCUUUCCAACUUCAGAAUUGCUCUUUUACUGAGAAUAUAAUGCUCCUUGUUUCCAGGCAAGAGGAAGCAAUCCUUCAGGCAGAAAGCAUGCAUAGGGUUCCCCACCAUAGAAUGGGGUGAUGGUCACUGCUUUAGAAGGUGUUAAAUCUAAAAGGAAGGGCCAUAGCAAAAUAGCAGAGCAUCUGAUAUGGAUGCAGAAGAUCCUGGUUCAAUCUCCAGGGUCUCCGGGGAGGGCUGGAAGACAGUCCCCUGCCUGAAACCUUGGAGAGCUGCUGCCAGUUGGUAUGGAGUUAGAUGAAUCAGUGGGUCUGACUCGGUACAAGGCAGCUUCCUGUGUUUCUAAAAACGAGUGAGACACAUACAUGGAGGAAGAGAGGCUUAGCAGUGACUAUUAGCCAUGCACAGUUGGCACCUGCAACCAAAUGUUGCCCUUUCUAGGGCUGCUGUUCAGGAUUCCAACCCCACCUCCCCUCUGGCUUCUCCCCCUUCCUACAGUCAUUCUGUGGUCAAUGAGCAUGCUCAGUUUGGGGGUCCUUUAAUUUGGAGUUCCCCACAAUACCUCCCAGUCAUGUUAAGGUGGUGUUGUUUGGGCUACAUAAAGGAUUGGCACUCAUAACCAGAAGCCUGGGAAAUAGAAGGAAUGAUAGCAAAAUGGAACUUCCAUUGCCUGUGAACAAUGGUUGCAGGAGAGCAAUAGUGGGGGGAGACUGUGCUCCUACUUGAAGGCGUCUCCAGAGGUAUAUUGGGGGAAGGGGAAAGCAGGAUGCUCUAAUAAGAAGUUCUUUUAUCUGAUCCAGUCAGGAUCUUUCAUGUUCUCCAUUUAUGAACGCCACAUCUGUCUGUCUCUGUCUCUUUCCACCUCCCCAGCUUUGUCAGACGAUAUCAUCAAAGCAGCUAAAGACAUUAAGCCCAUCACUGAAAUCCAGCAAACCGGGAACAGCUUUGUCGUCACAUCCAAAACCCCCAACAAAUCCGUCACAAAUUCAUUUACUCUGGGAAAAGAAACAGAAAUGACCACCAUGGAUGGCAAGAAAGUGAAGGUAACUAAGGGCUUUGAGAGUUAACAGCAUUAGCAGGUGGCUCUUGAGCCUGCCUAUCGAUUACUCAGGCACAUCUGCAACACAAACUAGAGCAGAGCUGACUCCAGUGUGAGAGUUGCUGGGAAACUGUAGCUGGUGGAGAUUCCCAGAUGGCUUGCCAGAACGACAGUUCCCAAGGUUCUUUGCUGGAAAGGCAUUAUAACCACACUCCUUUAAAACCGUCUUGUUUGUAAUGUAUAGAAAAGGGCCAGUCCAAGAUAUUUUGGUGCAUAAUGUAGAAAACCGAUGCUCCUCACACGUGCAUGAAUUUAACAGGGUGCACAAUCUCCUGCGACACUAAGCUGCAGUUGCUGCUCAUUUCACUGGGGCUUGAGCAAGAGAAAAUCCCACAGGACUGUGCCUCCUGACUCAAAUCUGCCCUACCUGUUUUUACUCUGCCAUCCUCAGAGGCAUACGAUGCAGCUGCCUCACCUGGCUGCUGUUGUCAUCCACACUUCUUCGGUUUGCCCUGCCACUUUCCCCUGGGGAAACCUGUGGUUUAGCACUGAAUUUGAACAAUUGGCCAUCAGGUUUCCCUCAGAUUGCUGCUUGUUCCAAUAUAGCACUAAAAUACAGGUUUCCUAGGGGGAAAGUGGUGGGACAAAGACAAAACCUGUUGGAUCUGCACCUAGAAAGUACGGGACAAGCAGGAAAGCACUCAGACGUCUCCUUUCUCAGCACAAGAAAAGCGAAAGUGUGCAUGAGUCCUGAAUUCUAUGUAGACUCCCAGAAAAAAAGGCAGACAAGGGAGAAAUUUGAUCCAGUUUUCAUUUCAAGGUGAACCUAUCUCAUUUCAAAACAAUACGCAAGGCAAAAGACAGAAUGUCCUUCAAAAUCCACACUUCCCAAAUUUUGCAUUGCAGGUUUUUCAGUCAAGUAAUGGGUACGAGAAGGCAGCUACUAGGGUGAAGUGUGCAUUAAAGUGCAUAUCCUGGAGAAAAUAACAAAGGGGAAAAAUGCAUUAUAUUGGGGGAAAUGGCUUCUCAAAACUGAGUAUAUUAGUAAAAAAAAUGCAUUAAAAUGUUUAUAUCUGAGAAUAAAUUUGUAUGAAAAUGCUAGUGAAUUUUCACAAGGACGUUUAAAAAAAAUCAAACUGAUGUGAAAAUGUAGAGAACUGAAGAAUGGAAAAAUGAAAAACAGGUUCACUCAUCCCUACUCACACCUGCAUGUGAGAGCCCACAUGGGUGGGUUCUUAAAGGUAGACACAGAGGCCACAGUCACACUAUACAUUUAAAGUGCUAUGGCACCACUUUAAACAGGCAUGGCUUCCCGCAAAGGAUUCUGGGGGCUGUAGGUGGUUAAGAGGCUGAGAGGCAUUAAGAGGCUCCUGCUCCCCUCAGAGAGCUACAGUUCGCUGAGUAGUUUAACAGCCAAGCCCUCUUCAUAGGGAACUCUGAGAACUCAAGCUCUGGGAAGACAACAGGGGUCUGGUAACAAUGCUCAGCACCCUUAACAAACUAAAGUUCCCAGAAUUCUUUGGGGGAAACCAUGACUGUUUAACAUGGUAGCAAAGUGCUAUAAAAGAAUGGGACAAAGUGGUCAGAGACUCUGGGCCUGGCUGGCAACCCUCAAUCUUUGUGGCACAGUAUUCCCAGGAGGCACCUGUUUCUUUCCCAUUGCAGUGUAUGGAGAAGCUUCUAUUCUAUUCACUCCAUAAUGUACACAUUUGUUUAGAAUGUAUAUACAGGCAGCAACUGAUUUGAGUGUACGUUACGUUCCAGACCCCUGCACACAUCAGUGGUGCCUGUGUAAGGCGCCCUGUCCUGUUCUGCCCCUUUUUUGUGAUGUUUUUCGUGACAUUUUCUGGGUGUUUCUGAGUUCACUGCAAUGUGGACAUGUGAAGUCAUGCACAUAAUAGAGGUGCCUAAAACACUAACUGCCUGUAUUCAUUUCCUUCAUUCUGGUGCAACUCUGCCUUCUGCUAGCCAUUUGGCUGUGGCCACCUAUGCAUCUGAUCUGUUGCUGCCCAAACCUUGUGCAGUAAUGGUUUUUCUUCUUUUUUAAAACAGUGCACAGUAACCCUGGAAAAUGGGAAACUAAUAGCCAAAGCAGAUAAAUUCGUCCAUGAGCAGCAAGUAGUUGGCAAUGAAAUGGUGGAGGUGAGUAAAUGCUGAUACAGUGGUACCUCAGAUUACAGAUGCUUCAGGUUACAGACCCAGAAAUAUUACCUCGGGUUAAGAACUUUGCUUCAGGAUGAGAACAGAAAUCGUGCUCUGGCGGCACGGCGGCAGCAGGAGGCCCCAUUAGCUAAAGUGGUACCUCAGGUUAAGAACAGCUUCAGGUUAAGAACGGACCUCCGGAACGAAUUAAGUACUUAACCCGAGGUACCACUGUAUUUUAAGAUGAACAGUUGCAGAAGGGUCACUUUCUCCAAAAGAGGGGCUGGGAGAAUGUCUGUGCCUCUGCCUUUGGAAGCUCCUGUUCUCCCAAUCCCAGAUAUGUGGGAAGUAUUGGUCAAGAAUGCAAGCAUUUUGCUCACUUUUAUUUUGGCAUUUUGCAUCGUGCCACAUGGUUCUGCAAAAUACUGCAGGCCAUCUAGAGAAAGGCACUCUGCACAUGCUCAAAGGGCACAUGCUCCUUUAACUAUUGCAAAUGUGAAAGCAAGAAUCGAAGCAGGUGUAGUUGCUAAUGCAUACAAGAGCAUUUUGAACAUGGCCACCCUAUCCCCAAUCCAAGACUACAGCAAACUAGAUCUCAUCAGGAAUAUGCUCCAACAAUAGCCAUGGCUCGAACAAAGGUGAAAACUCACUCCAAACAAAAUAGUUUCAUUGGAAUGUUUUUGAAUCUAAAUUAUAUGUGUCAAUUAAUUUACUAAGGGGUCUACUUUUAAUUGGUCCUCUGGCUUCAACGAUUGCCCCAAUUACCUGGUUAUUUGCAGUGUUUUGGGACACGUUCUGAUUUACUUUGCGUUGCUUAGGUAAGUCUUACACCUGCUAGUUACGAGGCAAUUUAGAGAAACCUUUUCCAAUUUAUCUUCCACAGACCAUCACAUCUGGCUCAGCAACAUUCACCAGACGAAGCCGGAAGGUUUAAAGAUUCAAAAGACAACCCAGUUUUGUAGCAAACUUUUUAUAUUUGGGGAAUAAAGUGCCCUGUCCAUCACUGAUAA